GCACUUGCCUUCAGAAUCAUGGCACAAUGUAGUUUAAUAUCAAUAACAGGGACAUUAAAAUGCGAUCUUUUUUUCUAAAGAUGUUCAAACAUUUGGGUAUAUGUAUCUCUAUGCCAAAGAGCCCACAAAAAGUAUAUUUCGUGUUAAAUUUAAACGUCGCAGCCGGACUUGGACUCUUAUUUUGACAGCGGCGAGGCGGCUUUUCCUUGAGACCCACACAGUGCUUGUUCGUCAGAGAAGACGCUCUUCUGAGGUCACUGAGUCCCGGGGGCGAGCCUGCUCCGCUGGUAUAUAAUCUUCCCGGCUCGGUUGAUGAAACCAGCUCACUUAAACCAGCUAACGAAACAAAGAAAACACACACCGAAAAAAACAUGGUGAAGAUCACUUUCCAGCCAGUUUCGGCGCAGAAGCCUGAAAAAGAGAUCGAUGGAGACAAGAUCAUUAUACCUCAGGCUCACGAGCAGCUGGUUCUUCCUGUCAGGCCCAAGAAACCUUUUCCAACAGGCCUCUGCUGCCUCACCUUUGGGCUGGUGGUCUUUAUGUCAGGACUGGUUCUGGCCUCUAUCUACGUCUAUCGCUACUACUUCAUACCUCAGCAGAUCCCAGAAGACAGCUUGUUCCACUGUCGGGUCAUCUACGAGGACUCUGUGUACGCUCCACUGAGGGGCCGGCAAGAACUUGAGGAGAAUGUGGGCAUCUAUCUUGAUGAUAACUACGAGCAGAUCAGUGUACCUGUGCCACACUUUGGAGGCAGCGACCCCGCCGAUAUCAUCCACGACUUUCAGAGGGGCCUCACAGCUUAUCACGACAUUGCUUUGGACAAAUGCUACAUCACUGAGCUAAACACAACCUUGGUGAUGCCUCCACGGAACCUGUGGGAACUGCUCGUAAAUGUCAAGAGAGGGACGUACCUUCCUCAGACUUACAUCAUCCAGGAAGAGAUGAUGGUGACAGGGAGGGUGAGGAACAUGAGGCAGCUGGGCCCGUUCAUUCACAGGCUCUGCUACGGCAAAGAAACCUACCGCCUCAGACGCCGUAACCAGCGCAGACGUAUCGACAGGCGCGAGACAAAGAAGUGCCACAGCAUUCGUCACUUCGAGAACACUUUUGUGGUUGAGACCGUCAUCUGUGACAGGGUCUGAAUCUGGGGCGGAAAUCACAGCCAUCCAACUCUGAAGCCAAUUUCAAACCAUACCUCUUGAAUUAUUUAGGCUUUUAACUGCACUUUAAGAGCAAGUUGUUUGUCCAACAGUUUUAGUUUUAAUGUUUUCUCAAGUUGGAAAUGCUCUUUUAUUGUUCAUGUACAAUGUUAAUGUCUUUUUUAAUUCAGUCUGUAUAUUUAAAAGAUGUUAUAAAUGUGUUUGAAUAUAUCUGUGGCUUGUCAAGCUGUGCAUAAGAUGUUCAUGUCUGUCAGUUAAUGUGAUACUUACAUCAGAAAAAGACCUGAUUUUAUUUUAGUGUUGUCCUUAUUGUUAUUUAGUGACAGUGCACUGUGAGUGAUAGUGAGGAAACUUGGAAGCUGCUUGCAUGGUGCACUCAUGUUAAUAUUUGUUUCUUUUGUUUUGAAUGUCAGAAAAUUGCAAAACAUACCUCAUGUAGUUUAGAUGUUUCUUUGCUGGUUUGUAUCAUUAAUGAAUGGUGUAUAUACUUUUGAUUGUUCCUAAGCAAUAUAUACUGUAAAUUGAUUUUCCUUUGGACUUCAUAUUGUUACAUGCAUAGAUUUGUAUCUUAAAUCGACUCGUUUGGAUUUCUUUAUGGUUCGUCUCAAUUUCCUUUGGUAUCAAACUUUACUACUCCUUGGAUAAAAUGGCUUUAGACUGUAAUUAGUAGCAGCGCUUUAGAAUGACAUGAAGGAACCAAAGUCAGCUAUGCUAUCUUAAUGUUAAGGAUUUAUGAAAUAUUAGAAUGUUUUUUGGUUAGAUCACUUACUGUAGAUGAUAUCAAAGGCUAAAACUUAUUUCGUCUUGCUCUUCCUCCUCUUCAUUUGGAUUUGCCUGUUGUCUUUAGCUCUCACCAGUUCCCAAUUUUUCCUAUCUUGGCAUUAUACUCUCCACAAUGUUAAUUUGUCCCAAUUAAAAAAAAAAAAAAAGAUUUCGGGUGUCUUUCUAAUGUACAACCUGGAGCAAAUAAGUCUCUGUUGAGAGAGAGACCUGUGAUAUGUGCUCAUAUUUCAUUUUGUUGUACAGUCAAUUUUUCUUGUAAUAUCUUGCUGCUUUAAGAAUAAAUAAUCAAACUUU